AUGCACCAAGCCAGCAGAGGAGACCGCUUGGAGCCCUCGACACCUCUCGCCUCCACCCCCCCCACGCCAAACCUGUCGAAGGGUCAUGAGCAAAGUCCCAUCAACCAACACGCGUCAGCAAGUCCAGCGUUGCAUGACUACGCGCUUUCUCAGCCAACGCGUGGAUACAGUGGGUACGCCAGCCUUGGAGGGAGCCCCUACCCUGGCGCAGGGCAGGGUUAUAUGGGCCUGUCGGUGCCAGAUCCAAGCCAUCUGAUGGGCGAGGAGCUGCGUCGGCUUGGGCUCGCCGUUGAAGAGCAAGCAAGCUCUAUUAACCAGCUUGAUCAGAGCCAGCAGCAGCAAUCGCAGGUCCUGCAGGCGCUCACCGAUACCGUUGCUAGGCUUGAGAAAGAGAUGGAGGAGGAGAAGGCGCGCGCUGUUGCAGCAAAAGGAGGGUCUGCCCGCGCACAUGCAAACGACCACCCCGAUGUCAAGAAACAUGUCCACCAGAUGUAUGUCCGCCUAUGUGACAUCAACGUUGAGGGCCGCUAUGCCAUUUCGGAUGCACUGGGUGCUAUCCAGCCCUUGUCUAAUGGGGAGGCCUUCGAAACUGCUCCAGGCCCAGGUACCGACACAAAGAAAGUUUGGAAGCCAGACUGGAGGGCUGGCCUUCGAAACCCUGUUAACGCCCUGUUCAUUAAAGAGGUUGCUGAAUGCGUGUACCAGGAUGAACAGGACCGCCGAGGCCAAGACAAGAGCAAGGCCGCCAAGAUCCCUAAUGAAAGUUUUGAUCGCGACAUAAUCACGACGGUGGUAAAGACGUACUUCGGCAACUUCACCAGGCGCGCACAGCAAGAAGAUGAUGAUGACAGGGCUGCCCGAGCUCGCGACGCCAACAGGGAUAAUCGCCGGUUCCAGCGUGCCAAGACGCUGGCGAGAACGCGUCGCGCCGCUGCUGAGCCCUAUGAGUCUGUCUACCCAGGUGUUGUUGGCACGAUCCACACUGACUUCUGUACCGAUCAGGAGACGUGCAGUGAGGGUGAUAUGACUGACCAUAUGCGUGAGCGCCGUGCAGCAGCAGGGCUGGCACCCGGAUCAUUCCAGGCUUUCAACAAGGGCUGGAGAAACCCCAACUACACCACCCUUAUGCGCUGGUUGUCCCUGGUAUCAGCAGGGGGAAACAAUGAGGGGCCGCCAAGCACGGGGAAGGGCGUACCUUUCUAUGAUAUGGUUGAUACCAACUGGCUUGCUAGGCAGGUGGAGCGUCCGAAGAUGGUGGACGCAAGGCUCAAGUGGCUGCAGAGUUUCCACGCUGAUAAGAAGGACGAGCUGAAGGAGAAGGACAGGUUGUUUAUUGAGGAGGUGGAGGAAUGGAAGAAGGAAAACUGGGAACUAUGUGACGGUGAAGUUCCUGGAGAGGUGACGGUGGCCAGCACCGUGCCCAACGCCGAAUGA